AUGAAGGGUUCAACUUCAACAGGCACAUCUCAUUGCUCUUAUCUGAAGUCGUUAUCAAACAAAGUAGGAAGCAUGCUUUGUUGUCGUGAUUCAACCAACAAGUAUAGCAGGUUGGAUGCAAAGCUUGAAAAGAAAAUGGUUGAAGUUAAAAGAGGUUCCUUGGGCCGUAGCAAUUUCAAGUCAAUUGACAGCAUAAUCAUGAGGUUCCCUCAGUUCAGGGAGGAACUCAAGAAAAUAAGAGAUGUCUUUGAACAGUAUGAUGAGGACUCAAAUGGAACUAUUGACCUUGAGGAACUGAAGAAAUGCUUACAGAAACUGGAACUCUAUCUGACAGCGGAGGAGAUUGAGGAUCUUUUUCAUUCAUGUGACAUGGAUGGGAGUGAAGGGAUACAAUUCAAUGAAUUCAUUGUUCUUCUAUGCCUCAUCUAUUUAUUAAAGGAACCUUCAUCCUCUCAUAAUACAUCCAAGAUAGAUUCGCCACAGCUUGAAGCAACUUUUGACACCUUAAUUGAAGUAUUCUCAUUUCUGGAUAAAAAUGGUGAUGGGAAACUGAACAAGACAGACAUGGUGAAGGCAUUGAAUGAGGCUUCUCCUUUGGAGAAAUCUCCUGCACAUGUCACCAGGACUCGAUUCAAAGAAAUGGAUUGGAGCAAACGUGGGAAGGUCAGUUUCAGGGAGUUCCUCUUUGCUUUCAUCGAUUGGGUUGGAAUUGACACAAAUGAAGAAAUGUCUCCGGUACGAAGUCCAAGCAAGUGA